AUGGUGUCCAAGGGAAAAGAAGUGUAUGGUCAACCAAAAGACGACUUAACAGCUGAUGAAUCUAUUUCUCUUAUGCUCUAUCCUCGGCAAUGGGAGCCACGAGAAAAAUUGCUCUAUAUCAUUCUCAAUAACACUUUGCGAGCUGAAGAUGAAGAAAAAUUAAAACUAUGGCAGUUGUACUUAAAAUUGUUUAUUUCUUCACUCGAAAAACUGCCAACAGUUUCUAAAACUAUUUAUCGAGGAGUUAAAAGGAAUUUAAGUACUGAAUAUCCAAUAGGAAAAAAAUUAUCUUGGUGGAGUUUUUCAUCAUGUGCAUCUUCGAUAAAACAUUCAUUCUUUUCUACUGAAGACGAAGUAUUACUUAUUGCUGCUCAAAAAUGUCAACUGGUCUCUGGUCUUGAUUCCGGCAAUGAUCUUUUUAUAAUUCAAAUGAAGGAAGUUGACUCAGAUCAAUCUCUGCUAGAAUUUUCAAGUAGUCAACCUGAAUCUAGUCGAUUAGACCGUAAACUUUCAUUCAGUCCUCGGGAAGAUUCAACAACUACCACUACAGGGUCAUCUGAACCAUCUAAAACAACUUCUUCGAGAGAGCCAAUGUUACUUCGAUUAUCUCGUGGAUUUUUACCUCCAAGACCACAUGAUAAACGAGCUUAG